CGUAGUGUUUUGGUUUUCUUUUUACUCUCUGUAGGUACAUUCAGUGUUCCAAAAGAAAAGUACAUCCACUUUCUGCCUACACAUUUGUUUUUGAGUUCCUAUUUCUUUUGUUUUCGCUUCACCAUGCAUCGGUUCGCCAUCUUGUUUGCCCUCUUGGCGUGCUUGUUCACAUCUGUCAAAACGUCGCCCUUGAGUGGAGCGCUCUUUAUUUCCAACCUUGAUGAAGAGAGUGUUGAGUUGUUUACUAAUACCCUCAAGGACCGGCAGGAGGGGUCUCUUAUUGAUCGGCUUAGGGGAGACAAACGGUUCAGUCGCUUUGUCGACGCACUUUCUCGGGACCGCGGGCUUCGUGAUGAUUUGGAGAACAAGGACAAAAAGGCUACCGUGUUUGCUCCCACCAAUGAGGCUUUCAAGCACAUGGAGGAUGACAGGAGGCGCAACAAUGAUGAACGCGAGAUGGGCGAGAUUCUCCGCUACCACAUCUGCCCUGACAUGAACAUUCGCAGUGACGAAAUGCAUCGAGGCAUGCUGUUGCGCACUGACCUUCGUCUCAAGAAACUCAAUGAUCGGCACCAGAGGAUCCGCGUUUUCCGCUUCCGUGGGGACGUUUGGCUGAACAUGCGUGCCCGGAUUGUCGAAAAAGACAUGGAAGCAGAAAACGGACGCAUCCACGCCAUCGACCGUAUUCUCAUUCCUCCCCGUGACGCCCGCGAAAUGCUCUACAUGAUGCCCUCGGAAUUCUCCACCUUCCUCUCCGGCGCGGAACGGACCGACAUGGGUAAACACAUGGCAGAUGAAAAGGGACUCACCAUCUUUGCGCCUAGCAAUGAAGCUUGGCAGCGUCUUGGAUUCGAGAACCUCCGAUACCUCUUUAGCUGUGUUGGACAGGACCGUCAGCAUGGCAUGGAACGUCACCAUGAAUGCAAGGGAGUUCAGGAUCUCAAGCGUAUCAUUCAGUACCACAUGGGCCGAGACCUGGCUUACACGACCGACAUGAUGGAAAAGCGCGAAAUGCGCCUCAAAACCCUCUACGAAGACAAAACCGUCCUCGUCGAAGCCAAAGAACGGAACCACAAGGACCGCGACCGUGACAGCUAUUCCGACUCGUGCUCUGGUAAAGACCGAGACCGUAAACACGAUGUUCGUCGGUACAUGUUCCUAAUCAACAAAGGGGAGGCAAAAGUUCAGUUUGCUGAUGGGCUUGCUGAGAAUGGGGCUAUCCACAUGAUUGACAGUGUUCUUGUUCCCGAUGAUGUCAAGCUGCCGCAUGAUCGGUUUGAUUGAACUGUUGCAAAGCGUUUGCAAAGUAGAAAGCUUGCAUAUCGCCAGAGUGGAUGUACAUAAAUCACUGGUGUACCAAAACUUGGAUUUUGCACAAACCAAGUAUUUUCAAAACCAAUGCAAGAUUCAACCCUUUGGCAAAUGGUAGGGUCCUGUAUGAAUUGUACACCUCUACCCAGUAGCAAGUGCAGAUUAGUGUACAGUACAGAGUAUCACGUGAAUCACAUGAUGCUCAAAGGAUGUGAGGCGCGGAAUU